AUGGGAAACACAUUAGAUCAAAAGUACGUGGAAGCAUGUGCUUGGAAACCCGAUAUCUUUAAAGGAAAGGUUGCCUUCAUCACUGGUGGUGCUGGUACCAUUUGUCGUGUUCAAACAGAAGCUCUUGUAUUGUUGGGAGCAGACGCUGUUAUUUUAGGUAGAAACCAAAAGAAAACCGAAGAUGCUGCUGCAGAGAUUCAAAAAUUGAGACCUGGUGCUCGUGUCAUUGGUAUAGGUAAUGUUGAUGUUCGUGAAGUUCAAAGUAUUGCAAAAGCUGUAGAGGUAACUGUUAAGGAAUUAGGAAGAAUUGAUUUCGUCAUUGCUGGUGCUGCAGGUAACUUUUUAUCUGAUUUCAACCAUUUAUCAAGUAAUGCUUUCAAGUCUGUUGUUAGUAUUGAUUUGUUAGGAUCUUUUAACACUGUAAAGGCUUGUUUCAAUGAAUUAAAGAAAUCUAAAGGUGCAAUUCUCUUUGUUUCUGCAACAUUACACUACUAUGGUGUCCCAUUCCAAUCUCAUGUUGGAGCUGCUAAGGCUGGUGUGGAUGCUCUUUCCAAUGCUUUGGCUGUGGAAUUUGGUCCUUCCGGUAUAAGAACCAAUUGUAUUGCUCCUGGUGCCAUUGCUAACACAGAAGGUAUGGAAAGAUUAUCACCACCUGGUGAAACCUCUCUUGACAAACGGGUCCCAUUACAAAGAUUAGGUACUACUCAAGAUAUUGCUGAUGCCACUGUCUUUUUGUUUUCUCCAGCUGCUUCUUAUAUUACCGGUACAGUUCAAGUUGUUGAUGGUGCUCUCUGGCAAGUGGGUUCUCCAAUGGGUAAUCUUUAUCCUGGUGUUAUGAUUUCCCAAAACGAAGACAAUGUCAGCAAGUUGUAG